AUGAAGCAGAAGGACAUCAGACCGGCGCCGUCCCUCAUCGAGUACAAGGGCAUGCGGUUUUUGAUCACCGACCGCCCCUCCGACGUCACCAUCCAGGCCUAUCUGCAGGAACUGCGCAAGCACAGCGUGUGCACAGUGGUGCGCGUGUGCGAGCCCAGCUACGACACUGCGCCGCUCAAGGCCGAGGGCAUCGAGGUGCGCGACCUGGCGUACGACGACGGCACCUUCCCACCCACCAACGUGGUCGACGACUGGUUCGAGAUUCUGCGUGACAAGGCACAGAACAAGCCCGAGUCCGCGGUGGCGGUGCACUGCGUGGCCGGACUGGGCCGCGCGCCCGUCAUGGUCGCCAUAGCGCUCAUCGAGCUCGGCAUGAAGUACGAGGAGGCCGUCGAGACCAUCAGGGAUCAACGACGCGGGGCGAUCAACGCCAAACAGCUCUCUUACCUGGAGAAGUACCGACCGAAGUCGCGUCUCAAGAAGAACGGGCACAAGAACGCUUGCUGUGUGCAGUAG